AUGCUUUCCAUUUCUCCGACGAUAUCUAAAUUCUCCAAUCUUUCCGACCUCCGCCACCUCAAUCGCGGCCGAUACAGCCGCCACUCUCUAUCCCAUCUUGUGCCGCCGCCGCCGUCGACUCAUAUCCGGAACACCAAAACCCUACGUCUCCGACAUAAUUUCAGAAUCUCCGCCAUAGACGCCGCUCAACCCUUUGACUACGAAUCCAAAAUCUCUGACCACAUUGCCAAAUCCAAAACCCUAAAAAUUGCCAUUGUAGGGUUCGGCAACUUCGGCCAAUUCCUUGCAAAAACCCUAGUCCGUCAAGGCCACACCGUCCUUGCACACUCUCGCACCGAUUACUCCGCCGUCGCCGCCGAGAUUGGCGUCUCUUUCUACUCUAACGCCGAUGACAUCUGCGAAGAACACCCCGAGGUAAUCCUCCUCUGCACAUCAAUCCUCUCAACUGACAAGGUACUCCGUUCAUUACCAUUACAAAGGUUAAAACGCAGCACAUUAUUUGUAGACGUUUUAUCUGUCAAAGAGUUCGCUAAAGAUCUAUUCUUGCAAAUACUGCCAUUAGAUUUCGAUAUUCUGUGUACACAUCCAAUGUUUGGACCCGAAAGUGGUAAAAACAGCUGGAAAGAUCUUCCAUUUGUGUACGACAAAGUUAGAAUCGGUCGUGAUGAAUCUAGGGUUUCCCGCUGUGAAAAGUUUCUUGAUUCGUUCGCAAGAGAAGGGUGUAUAAUGAAGGAGAUGACAUGUGCAGAGCAUGAUCAACAUGCAGCAGAAUCUCAAUUCAUAACACAUACAGUUGGAAGGAUCUUGGAAAAGCUUGAUUUGGAUAGUACUCCGAUUAACACAAAAGGGUAUGAAAGAUUGUUGGAUUUAGUUGAGAACACAUCGAGUGAUAGCUUUGAGUUGUAUUAUGGGUUGUUUAUGUAUAAUAAGAAUGCAAUGGAGCAAUUGGAGAGGUUGGAUUUAGCUUUUGAAUCUUUGAAAAAAGAGUUGUUUGGGCAUUUACAUGAGGUUUUGAGGAAGCAAUUGUUUGGGACAAAGGAAAGAUCUUUAGGGCUUUUACAAGAACCUCGAGCUUUGUCAAAGCUUCCUCCUAAUGGAAAUGGAUCUUCUCUUCCACCUCAAUCAGAUUCUGCUAAUUAA